AUGGGAAAAACUAAAUCAAUAAAAAAGACCGCAGUUACAUUAUCUGUUCCAACGUCUUCGUCAAAUGGAACCAAGGUUCCAAUAAAGAAAUACACGGAAAAGGAAAUUAUAAAUGUUUUACAAUAUAUUCUUGAUCAUUAUGAUGAUUGGAUUAACAGAAAGAUAAAUCAAAGAACAAUCAUCGUUAGAGCUUUAGAUCAUCAUAAUAUGAAAAAUCGUACUCCAUAUGCAAUGCACUUUAAAAUUAGCAGAUUGCAAUUCGAAUAUAAGUGUUGUGGUAGAACUAUUGGUUAUUCGAACACUAUUAAUGAUAUGGUGGCGAGAAUACUUAAAGAAAAUGGAGCAAUUGAUACAGUUAAAUUUAAGGAAGAGACAGUUUCUAAUGAUGAACAAAUUAUCGAAGUCAUGGACAAACCUGCUUUGCAAGAAGGUGAAUUAAAUAAGAUUCUCAAACACAAUACUUGUGAUCAAAGUAAAGGUCAAAAGCCAUCGGGACUGCCUAAUGAACAAUUUAAAACUACUAUUGUGCCUUCAAAUAAUGAAUUUGGUGAUUUUCUCUCGUUGAUUCAAGCUAAUCGCGCACAAAUAUCAAGCUUAAAUAAAGGUCAUUCUAUCCCACCUAAUGUGUACACAAUAAUGGAGACAUUAACAACAGGUGAAAUAUAUAAGAUGAAAUUACAAGAAAUUCGAGAAAAAUUCCAAGAGGUCAAGAAUGAAACCAAUAGAGAAGAAUUUAAAGCAAUUGAGAAACUUAAUCAGUCGUAUGCUGAAAUUAUAUAUAUAUUAAGUCAAAUAGAAGUUAGAAUGGCGGAAAUGCAUGCAAAGAAAAUCAUUUAA